GACACCUUCACGUGACCGCGGACGGCGAAAGGGCCCCGCGCAGAGUGCGCCUGCGCCGCAGCUCCCGGAAGUGGCCGGACCCGAAGCGCAGGCCGAGCUCACGUCCGUCAGCCCGUCAGUCCGCCAGUCCGCCAGCGCGGUACCUCGAACGCCUUGGACCUCUUUGCCAUCCCGCCGUCUAUUCGACACGAACGGCGGCCGAGGCGCUUAUCAUGGCGACAUUCAUUUCGGUGCAGCUGAAAAAGACCUCGGAGGUGGACCUGGCCAAGCCUCUGGUGAAGUUCAUCCAGCAGACGUACCCGAGCGGCGGGGAAGAGCAGGCCCAGUACUGCCGCGCGGCCGAGGAGCUGAGCAAGCUGCGCCGCGCCGCGGUCGGUCGUCCGCUGGACAAGCACGAAGGCGCACUUGAGACGCUCCUGAGAUAUUAUGAUCAGAUUUGUUCCAUUGAACCCAAAUUUCCGUUUUCUGAAAAUCAGAUCUGCUUGACAUUUACCUGGAAGGAUGCUUUUGAUAAAGGUUCGCUUUUUGGAGGAUCUGUGAAAUUGGCUCUUGCAAGCUUAGGAUAUGAAAAGAGCUGUGUGUUGUUCAAUUGUGCAGCUUUAGCUAGCCAGAUUGCAGCAGAGCAGAACCUGGAUAAUGAUGAAGGAUUGAAAACCGCUGCUAAGCAUUACCAGUUUGCUAGUGGUGCCUUUUUACAUAUUAAAGAGACGGUUUUAUCUGCCUUAAGUCGAGAGCCUACCGUGGACAUAUCUCCAGAUACUGUUGGGACCCUCAGUCUUAUUAUGCUUGCACAGGCCCAAGAAGUAUUUUUUUUAAAAGCUACAAGAGAUAAGAUGAAAGAUGCCAUCAUAGCUAAAUUGGCUAAUCAGGCUGCAGAUUAUUUUGGUGAUGCUUUCAAACAGUGUCAGUACAAAGAUACUCUCCCCAAGUAUUUUUAUUUCCAGGAGGUGUUCCCUGUCUUGGCUGCAAAGCACUGUAUCAUGCAGGCCAAUGCUGAGUACCACCAGUCUAUCUUGGCAAAACAGCAGAAGAAAUUUGGAGAAGAGAUUGCAAGGUUACAGCAUGCAGCAGAAUUGAUUAAAACAGUGGCAUCUCGCUAUGAUGAAUAUGUCAAUGUGAAAGAUUUUUCUGACAAAAUCAACCGUGCCCUUACUGCAGCAAGGAAGGAUAAUGACUUCAUAUAUCAUGAUCGAGUUCCAGACCUUAAAGAUCUAGACCCUAUUGGCAAAGCCACACUUGUGAAGUCUACCCCAGUCAAUGUACCCAUCAGCCAGAAAUUUACUGAUCUAUUUGAGAAGAUGGUUCCCGUGUCAGUACAGCAAUCUUUGGCUGCCUAUAAUCAGAGGAAAGCUGAUUUGGUUAACAGAUCAAUUGCUCAAAUGAGAGAAGCCACCACUUUGGCAAAUGGGGUGUUGGCUUCCCUUAAUCUUCCAGCAGCAAUCGAAGAUGUGUCAGGAGAUACUGUACCUCAGUCUAUAUUGACUAAGUCCACAUCUGUGAUUGAACAGGGAGGCAUCCAGACUGUUGAUCAGUUGAUCAAAGAACUACCUGAACUACUGCAACGAAAUAGAGAAAUCCUAGAUGAGUCAUUAAGAUUGUUGGAUGAAGAAGAAGCAACUGACAAUGAUUUAAGAGCAAAAUUCAAGGAACGAUGGCAAAGGACACCAUCCAAUGAACUCUAUAAGCCUUUGAGAGCAGAGGGAACCAACUUCAGAGGAGUUUUAGAUAAAGCUGUGCAGGCAGAUGGACAAGUGAAAGAACGUUACCAGUCUCAUCGUGACACCAUUGCCCUUCUGUGUAAGCCAGAGCCUGAGCUGAAUGCUGCCAUCCCUUCUGCUAACCCAGCAAAGACCAUGCAGGGCAGCGAGGUUGUAAAUGUCUUAAAAUCAUUAUUGACAAAUCUUGAUGAAGUAAAAAAGGAAAGAGAAGCUCUGGAGAAUGACUUGAAAUCAGUGAAUUUUGACAUGACAAGCAAGUUUUUGACAGCUCUGGCUCAAGAUGGUGUGAUAAAUGAAGAAGCUCUUUCUGUUACUGAACUGGAUCGAAUCUAUGGAGGUCUUACAACUAAAGUCCAAGAAUCUCUAAAGAAACAGGAGGAACUUCUUAAAAGUAUUCAGGUCUCACACCAGGAAUUUUCAAAAAUGAAACAAUCUAACAAUGAAGCUAACUUAAGAGAAGAAGUUCUGAAGAAUUUAGCUACUGCAUAUGACAACUUUGUUGAACUUGUAGCUAAUUUAAAGGAGGGCACAAAGUUUUACAAUGAGUUGACUGAAAUCCUGGUCAGGUUCCAGAACAAAUGCAGUGAUAUAGUAUUUGCACGGAAGACAGAAAGAGACGAACUCUUAAAGGACUUGCAACAAAGCAUUGCCAGAGAACCUAGUGCUCCUUCAAUUCCUACACCUGCCUAUCAGUCCUCUCCAGCAGGAGGACAUGCACCAACUCCUCCAACUCCAGCGCCAAGAACCAUGCCGCCUACUAAGCCUCAGCCCCCAGCUCGGCCUCCACCUCCUGUGCUUCCAGCAAAUCGAGCUCCUUCUGCCACUGCUCCGGCUCCAGUGGGGGCUGGGACCACUGCACCAGCUCCGUCACAAACCCCUGGCUCAGCUCCCCCUCCACAGGCCCAGGGACCACCCUAUCCCACCUAUCCAGGAUAUCCCGGGUAUUGCCAAAUGCCCAUGCCCAUGGGCUAUAACCCUUAUGCCUACGGCCAGUACAAUAUGCCGUAUCCACCCGUGUAUCACCAGAGCCCCGGACAGGCUCCGUACCCGGCACCCCAGCAGCCUUCGUAUCCCUUCCCUCAGCCCCCAGCGCAGUCCUACUAUCCACAGCAGUAAUAUGUCUGCUCAGGAGCUCAGCUGGCUCAGAUCAGAGGGAAGGAAAUACCAACCCUGCAAUAAGUGUACUAAACUCCACGCUCUGGUUAAUACAGUGUAUUCUGCUGUACUGAAUGCAGUCUAUAAUUUCUGUCUGCGGCUAAAAGCAAAAAGCUGUGCCCCGGUUUCACAUUUGAUUAUACAUGUGAGAUUUGCUGCUGUUGCAGUGGGGUAUAAUAGGAUUUGAAAUAAAUUACAUUACAGUUCAUAAAAAGUGAAAAUGAGAAAUUAAACCUGCAAGUGAAACGUUUGAAACUUAUACUUUCUACGUGAGACAUGGUUGGGAUGUCAGAUACUUACAAAGAUGGCUUUAAGUAUGGUUACUCAAGAAAACUAAGUUUUCUUUCUCUUUUGGUUUAUUGAUUUAAUUUCUUUUAUGCUAUUUUGCAUAAUCAAAGCAUUGUAAAUCUUAUAAUUUAAAAAUAAAUUACUUAAGAACA